AUGCAUUCAUCAAAGAAUAAUGCAUUAAAAUUAGUCAAUGUAAUUCAACCAGAAAUCCGAAAAACUAUUCUUCGAACUUUAUUCAAUUCAUUUACAGCGAAAACAAUUCAAAAACCUAAAGACGCUCAUUCAAAUUUACUUACUGAUACAGAAAAUGUAUUUGAACUUCAACAUCAUACUGUUAAACCAAGCUCAAUGAAUAACUAUGAAUCGAUUUAUUCUGACUAUGCAUCACAAAUGCUUGAUAAAUAUUCUUCAACUGGUCUUGUUCAUACUGGUUCAUGGAGAGUACAAGUUGGUAAUGUUACAAACCAAUUUGUUCAUAUAUGGAUGUAUAAAAAUUUUUCUCAUUUGGAUGAAUUUAUAAAUAAUUCAAAUAUAAAUUCUAUUGAUGAUAAAUUAAAUCAAUUGAUUACACAACGUUCAAAUCAAAUAUGUCUUUCAUUUUCUUAUUUUGGAAUUCCUCAACCACGUCCAAAAUCUGAUAAUCAAUCAAAUCCAAAUAUAUAUGAAAUGCGUUCAUAUUGGCUUAAACCUGGUACAUUAAUUGAAUGGGGAAAUCUAUGGCAUAAAGGUGUUCAGUAUCGACCAGAUGCAAAAGUUCUUGGUGUUUUUUCACAAAUUGGAGAACUUUAUAAUGUUCAUCACAUGUGGUCAUAUAACAAUUUUCAACAUAGAAAACAAAUGCGUACUACUGCAUGGGCAAAACCUGGCUGGUCAGAAAAUGUUGAAUUUACAGUCCCAUUAAUUCGUAAAAUGGAAUCAAAAAUUCUCGUACCAUUAAAAAUCUCACCAAUGCAAUAA